AUGCGUGAACUCCGCUUUUUGACCCCUGCGGGGUCCUCGGAACUCCAGGUAAACAGAAGCUCCCCGUGCUCCCUAGAGGAGGUUCCUGCAGCUGCUUCUAAGCCUCAACACAGCCUGGGCGUUCUCCACGCCUCCUACAGUGUCAGCCACUGUGUGGGGCCCUGGUGGGACAUCGCAUCUCGCCGACAGAAGUGGAGCAGGCAGAUCCUCAAAGAUGUCUCCUUGUACGUCGAGAGUGGGCAGAUCAUGUGCAUCUUAGGGAGCUCAGGCUCGGGGAAAACCACGCUGCUGGACGCCAUGUCCGGGAGGCUGCGGCGCACGGGGACCCUGCUCGGGGACGUGUUCGUGAACGGCCGGGCGCUGCGCAGGGAGCAGUUCCAGGACUGCUUCUCCUACGUCCUGCAGAGCGACACUCUGCUGAGCAGCCUCACGGUCCGCGAGACGCUGUGCUACACGGCGCUGCUGGCCAUCCGCGGCGGCUCCCAGGGCUUCUUCCAGAAGAAGGUGGAGGCAGUCAUGGCAGAGCUGAGUCUGAGCCACGUGGCAGAUCGACUGAUUGGCAACUACAACUUUGGGGGAAUUUCCCAUGGUGAGAGGCGCCGGGUCUCCAUCGCAGCCCAGCUCCUCCAGGAUCCCAAGGUCAUGCUUUUUGAUGAGCCAACCACAGGCCUGGACUGCAUGACUGCGAAUCAGAUCGUUGUCCUCAUAGCAGAGCUGGCUCGCAGGGACCGCAUCGUGAUCGUCACCAUCCACCAGCCCCGCUCCGAGCUCUUCCAGCUCUUUGAUAAAAUUGCCAUUCUGAGCUGCGGAGAGCUGGUUUUCUGCGGGACACCGGUGGAAAUGCUUGAUUUCUUCAGUGGCUGCAGUUACCCUUGUCCCGAACAUUCAAACCCUUUUGAUUUUUAUAUGGACCUGACAUCAGUGGAUACCCAAAACAAAGAACGGGAAAUAGAAACCUACAAGAGAGUCCAGAUGAUUGAAUCUGCCUACAAAGAAUCAGCAAUGUAUCGCAAAACCUUGGAGGAUAUUGAAAGAACAAAACACCUGAAAACAUUACCAGUGAUUCCUUUCAAAACCAAAGAUUCUCCUGGAGCCCUUUCUAAACUGUGUGUUCUCUUGAGGAGAGUGACGAGAAACUUAAUGAGAAAUAAGCUGGCGGUGACUAUGCGUCUCACUCAGAAUCUGAUUGUGGGUUUGUUCAUCGUUUUCUUCCUUCUGCGGGUCCAGAACGACGUGCUAAAGGGUGCCAUCCAGGACCGUGUGGGUCUCCUGUACCAGUUUGUGGGUGCCAUCCCGUACACAGGCAUGCUCAACGCUGUGAACUUGUUUCCUGUGUUGCGAGCCGUCAGCGAUCAGGAGAGCGAGGAUGGCCUGUACCAGAAGUGGCAGAUGCUGCUAGCCUACGUGCUGCACGUGCUCCCCUUCAGUGUCAUUGCCACCAUGAUAUUCUGCAGCGUGUGCUACUGGACUCUGGCCUUAUACCCUGAGGCUGCCAGAUUUGGAUUUUUCUCUGCUGCUAUCUUGGCCCCCCACUUAAUUGGUGAAUUUCUAACUCUUGUGCUACUUGGUGUGGUCCAAAACCCAAAUGUGGUCAACAGCAUGGUGGCCCUGCUCUGCAUUGCUGGGGUGCUUGUGGGCUCUGGAUUCCUGAGAAACACAGAAGAAAUGCCCCUUCCUUUUAAAAUCUUCAGUUAUUUUACAUUCCAAAAAUAUUGCUCUGAGAUUCUUGUAGUCAAUGAGUUCUAUGGACAGAAUUUCACUUGUGGCAACUCAAAUGGUUCUAUGUCAACUAAUCCAAUGUGUGCCUUCAGUCAAGGAAUUCAGUUCAUUGAGAGAACCUGCCCAGGUGCAACAUCCAGAUUCACAGCCAACUUUCUGAUUUUGUAUUCAUUUAUCCCAGUUCUUGUCAUCCUAGGAAUAAUUGUUUUUAAAAUCAGGGAUUAUCUCAUUAGCAGAUAG